AUUAUUUCUUAGGCCUGUUGCCCUGUACGCGCCUGCGCCGUGCGGCAGUGUUUGUUUUGAUGGUUUUCCCGCGAAAAGGAUGUUGAGUGUCGGGAGCACUACUGACUCUUUCCACCGUCCUGCCCCAGUGUUCAUUGAAGGGGAACGACCACUCUCCACCAAAAAGUCCCGAGGCACACCAAAAUUUGCUGCCCCUCCUAGAGCCCCAGUCAAGAGUUGUCCAGUUACGAGAAUUUUUUCACGCAUCAAUGACAGUGAUAGACCUCAGCCAGUGUCUUUCAGGGAAGACUCAGAUACUUCCUUCAUUGUCCAGAGUUCAGUGUACAGUGCCAAGAAGUCCGAGCUGUACUUCGAGCAGUGUUACGUCAUUGAGGAGAGACUCGGCGCUGGCUACUUUGGGGAAGUGUAUCGUGUGAGGAGCAAGGAGGAUGGACGCCUCUAUGCUUGUAAGAAGACUCUACUCAGAUUCCGGGGUGAAGGAGACAGGCGGAGGCGAAUGACAGAAGUACAGAAACAUGAGAAGCUGCCAAAGCACAAGAAUUGUGUUAGGUUUUUUCGUGCAUGGGAGGAGCGGCAGCACCUCUACCUGCUAACUGAGGUGUGCAAGACAUCCCUGGCUAACAUGGCAGAAGACCGGCAUGACCUUCCUGAAUCUCUCGUCUGGGAGUACUUGGUGGAUUUGCUGCAGGGUGUGAGGCAUUUACACAAGCAUAACCUGGUUCACAUGGACAUCAAACCAGAAAAUAUUUUCUUUGGCUAUGAUGGCUUGUGCAAGUUGGGUGACUUUGGUCUAGUCAUUGAUUUAUCACAGGGUUCUGAUCAUGAAGCUGUAGAAGGGGACCCUAAAUAUUUAGCACCAGAGGUGAUGAAGUUGGAGUUUGGUCCUCCUGCUGACCUCUUCAGUUUGGGGAUGACGAUCCUGGAGUUGGCCACAGAUCUUGACCUCCCCAAACAUGGGGAGGCUUGGCAGAUGCUGAGGCAGGGCAUGCUUCCUCCAGCGGCAAAUGGUAUUUCAAAUGAUCUUCAGAAUAUGUUACUUGGUCUGCUACAUCCGAACCCACAAAAAAGAUUGACAGCUGAUCAAGCUCUCUCACUCCCUUCAGUUAAGAAAGUCCUCCUUCGCAAGAGCAUUAAAGAUGCUUUUAGAAGUUCGGCAGUAAGUGUAAUGGCAGCAUUUACACAGACAUGGGUCUUUGUCACACUGUGGUUAUUAUUCUUAGUCAAACCCAUCACUGUCCUCUGGAAGAAGAAUACAGAUGACAUGGAUAGCAGCAAAAUGAAUCGUUUUGAUGCUGAUAUAACUACAGAAUUAUCAGAUGGUGAAGGCUCAGAAGACCACAGCUUUGCCCACCCCCUGUGUGACCUGUCCUCAUCCAGCAGUGAAGGGCCACAGUUUCUCAGCAAGCCAUACAACAACUCCACUCCAAUCAGCUACUUGAAGAACUUUAACAAUCUAGUGGUUUCUCCAGUCACCAGAAACAGCCCAAAUUCAAGUCCUGGAAUAGAAAGCAGCCCAGUAUUGUUUCGCAAGCACACUCCUCUCCCUCGAAGCAACCAUUCUUUUAGGCAGCCAGCCAAUGACAGUGAUGCUUUCACGUCUUCAAUCCAUGAUCAGCUGGGAAUCAGAACUAUGGAGGAUGAUACAAUGCCGUCAUUCAGCAUCACUUCAAGAAACCUCAUGGACUUAUUUAAUACUGCUGAAUCUGAUGAUGAGUGAGAUAUCUGUAUUAUAUUGGUAUUUUAAUACUUGUGGGAGAUAUUGUAGGGAAUCUUUACAGCGGGUUUUUGGUGUGACAUAAAACAAUUAACACUACGGUUCGUACUUUAAAAACUGACCAUUACAAGAGUAUUACUCUUUUCUUCAAAUCUAAGUCAUUUGUGAUUAAUGAAUUGAUUACCUUAAAGAUUAAAAUUAUUGGUUAUUUUUUACUUUCUUGUUUGAGCUAAUGUAUGUGUGGGGGUGUGUAUGUGCAAGUGUGUGUCCGUAUGGUUGAUCAGUGCAAUGUUGAGGCUGCCUUCAGUUGUAGCAAAACACCACUUAUUGGUUAAGCAACAGGUGUUGGUAGAAAACUCAAGUUAGAAAGUAUGAAUAAGGAUUAUUGUUUUUUUCAUUGUUUAUUCUUUAGUUCAUAUUCAUAAUAGAAGUAUAAUAUGAUAGCAAAGCUCCAAGGAAUUGGCCAUUACUUGCAUAUAAGAAUAGACUUUUUCACAUUUUAUUUAGAUGUCCUAAUAACAAUCAUCUCACUAGUUGUGUCAAAACUUUAGUACACAUCUGAAUAUAUUGGUAGAUUCAUAAUAGUAUUCUAUCUGAGAUUCCCUACAAAUUUUUAAUAUAUAACUACUUUGGAUAAGUAAAAUACAUAUAUGCAGUUGGUGUAUAUAUACAGAUAUCAUGAAACUUGAGAGUAUUUAGAAAUGUGCACAUAAUGAGAAAUACAAAUCAUCCUUAGCCAAGGAUAGCAAAGCUGAAUAAGCGAUCAAGUUAUUUUUAGAGAACUGUUACUGAUGUUCAUAUCACAAAGUGAGGAUUUUUCUAAAAAUCUGAAUAUUUGAAAAAAAAUUACUCUAUUACUGUCUCAGCCUGCCUGUGCAAAACAGUUUAAAAUGCUGUUAUUAUUUUUCUAUGGUUAUAGUUAAAAGGAAAUUGAGUUUAUGGUAGAGAGCAAUUUAUUAAUGAUUGAGCCAACAUAUGUACUACCAACAACGUUGCUUUUUAAAGCAAGUAAUAAGUCAAUAUUCUAUGAAAUGUGUUAAUUGUGACUUGUUUUUAUUGUAUUCUGUACUUUUUUACAUAAUUACAUAUAUAUAUUAAAAAAAAUUACUAAUCAGGUUAAUCAACAACAUACUGUUUAUACAGUGAAAUUAUUACUCAUAAUAGUUUUGUACUCUUUUCUUACCAUAAAAUCCACAUUUCCUAAGGUUGCUGCAGUCUUUUUUUGUAGUUUUCUACUGAUGUUUUCACUAAGACAAUCUUACAUAACAAAAUAUUGAAGAAUAUAGUUUUGGAAUAUGAAGAUAUGUACCUGAUACAUGAAUUAAACAAAAAUAAAAUCCACAUAAUCUGAA